AUGAUUGACAAAUUGAUUGUAUAUUCACCAAGUGAUAUUGUCGAUAGUCAAGUCACUUGGUUUAAACAAUUAGGGUAUCAAUAUACUGGUUCAACAUUUAAAGACAACUCUUUAAAAAAAUUAUUAUUUAAAAAAAAAAUAUUUGGCAAAAAUAAUAAUAACAAUAAUAACAUUAGUAAUAGUAAUAGUAUAUUAGAUAAUAGUAGUAUAACAGAGAAUAAUAAUAAUAUUAAAUAUUUCCAAAUUUUAUUAUACGUAAAAUUAUUAGAAUGGUUUGGUAUGCAAGAGAUAGAUGUACAUCGUGUCUAUGACCAAGACUAUUUGGAUAGAUUAGAAGAACAUAAUCCCAAGUUGGUAUAUGAUCAGGAAUUGAUUGAACACUACCACUCUGUUAAAAAUCAAUGUGCUCUUCAUGCAUCAACAAAUAAGCCAUUUAAACUACUCUAUCAUACAAUGGUGGAAUCUAAUCGAUCAAGAUUACAAUUGACACUCAUAUCCAAAGAUUUGUUUGAAUAUAUCUCUAUCAACUUUUUCAACAAUACCUACUAUUAUCCAACACAAAAAAGUCAAUACAAUGUAUUGAAAACAUUUACAUCAAUUACUUGUUUUAAAGGUCAACAACAACAACGACAACAAUACUUACAAUCAACAACAAUAAUAUCAUGGUUAAAAGAUGCUGAUAAAAACAUUACAAGAAUUAUCACUCCAAUGGCUUCAGACUUGGAGUAUAUACCAUUAUUCCAUUCAUUGUCAGUACUGGAUUUAAGUCCCUCGGCCUACUCAACACUACCAGAUAAUAUCAAACUGUCUCUUCGAUCAAUUUCAGUUGAUUUUUCAGCCAAAGAUGAUUAUUAUAAUCAUCUAGAGAAGGAAUUUCCAAAGCUGACAAGCUUGGUCAUCAUGAAAAAAACAAGUAAAGUACAACAACUCCCCAAAACAAUCAAAAAAAUCAUGUCAAAGUGUAAACAAGCAAUCGAUUUCCUCCCUCUCAAUCAAUCAGUUGUCACCUUUAAACUAUUUUCUGCAGGAUAUAGUCUGCAUGGUAUUUUAGACAAACUGUCACCAAUCAAACAUGUCAAAACUGUCACCCUACAAAUCGAAUCAUCUCCUCCAUUGGAUUUAGAUCAAGACACCGAUUUCAAACUACACAGUAUUGUAUCCAAACCACCCAUUUGUUUGAGAAACAAGAGAAGUGAUACACCAGCAAUCUACUCUGAUCUAAUAUUUCAGAGGAUCGACGUUUUAAAUAAAUAA